AUGACACUGCAUGAGCCCAGCCUGGGAUCUGGAGAGGAAUCAUGGGAGGCCAGCUCUGCUGAAUUGGAGAGGAGGUGCAGGCUGGGCAGUGAGGUGGCCAGUCUCUCCCACAUCACAUCCAUGGAGAAAUGUGAACAUUACUUCAAAAUAUCAUCCCCCAUCAGGUGUUGCUUAAGGACAGCAAAAAUCAUCACCAUCUUCAUCAUUGUUGUUCUCUGUUCACUGUUUUUCAGCAUGUAUCCUGACAGGGAAAGCCCCUGGAGGAUGCUAGCAGUCUCAUCCACCGAAAGCUUCUCCAUGAAUCUUAGUGAUUUUCGUGACAACUCCCUGCUGAAGCUGCAGGUUGGUGGGCCAUUUUUGGGAGGGAUGGAGGCAGUACAAGAGGCCCAGGAGUAUAUUCUGAUCCAGGUGGAGCAGACUGAAGAAGCGGGGUCUCGCCGGAGACGAACUCAACAGGUGCUUUAUAACUGGACCAUACCAUUGCAUUCCCAACGAAGUGACCAAAUUCUGAGAACAAGGACAUUUGAAAUGGUUAGCAGCGCUCCUGUUCUGAUCAGUGUGCAGGCCUUUCUGUUAGACAGUCAGGUGGUUCCUCUGUCCAUGACUCACCAGUUGCUCUAUGUAACCGUGGAAACCCAGGUGCUUAUGGCUGGACUGAUCCUGGCAGGAGUCUAUGUGCUCAUCAUCUUUGAGAUUGUUCACCGUACUCUGGCUGCAAUGUUAGGAUCCCUGGCUUCUCUGGCAGCGCUGGCUUUCAUUGGAGAUAGGCCAAGUCUAAUGACUGUUGUGGAAUGGAUUGACUAUGAAACACUCGCCUUGCUGUUUGGAAUGAUGAUACUGGUGGCAAUAUUCUCGGAGACUGGUUUCUUUGAUUACUGUGCGGUGAAGGCGUAUCAGUUAUCCCGAGGAAGAGUGUGGCCAAUGAUAAUGAUUCUGUGCUUAAUUGCAGCCGUUCUCUCAGCCUUUCUCGAUAACGUAACAACUAUGAUGCUUUUCACCCCUGUUACAAUCAGGUUAUGUGAAGUGCUUAAUUUGGACCCCAGGCAUGUCCUAAUUGCUGAGGUAAUCUUCACCAACAUCGGAGGAGCUGCCACUGCUGUUGGAGAUCCUCCCAAUGUUAUCAUCGUAUCCAACCAGGAUCUGCGUAAAAAAGGGAUUGACUUUGCAGCCUUUACGGGUUACAUGUUCCUGGGAGUCUGUCUGGUGCUGCUGACCUCAUUUCCUUUUUUGAGAAUGCUGUACUGGAAUAAGAAACUUUACAACAAGGAAUCCAGCGAAAUCGUGGAACUGAAGCAUGAGAUUCUGGUGUGGAGGCAGACAGCCCAUCGCAUUAACCCUGCCAGCAGAGAGGAGUCUGCAGUCAAGUGUCUUCUCAUGCAGAAGGUGCUCAAUCUGGAAAGCCUCCUGCACAAGAAGCUCAAGACCUUCCAGAGGCAAAUAUCACAGGAAGACAAAAACUGGGAACACAAUAUUCAAGAGCUGCAGAAAAAGCACAGAAUAACUGACAAAAUCCUCCUGGUCAAGUGUCUGACUGUCCUUGGUGUGGUCAUCUUUAUGUUCUUCCUGAACUCCUUUGUUCCUGCCAUACAUCUGGAUCUGGGUUGGAUCGCGAUCUUGGGGGCUCUGUGGUUACUGGUGCUGGCUGAUAUUCAGGACUUUGAGAUCAUACUUCACAGAGUGGAAUGGGCCACCCUGUUGUUCUUUGCUGCUCUGUUUGUGCUUAUGGAGGCUCUAGCCCAGCUGCAGCUAAUCGAUUACAUCGGGGAGCAGACAGCAGUGUUGAUAAAAGCAGUGCCAGAGGAUGAGCGGUUGGCCAUCGCCAUCAUUUUAGUCAUGUGGGUCUCAGCACUGGCCUCCUCUCUUAUAGACAACAUUCCCUUCACUGCCGCUAUGAUUCCUGUGCUUAUUAACCUUAGUCAAGAUCCUGAUGUCAACCUUCCAAUCAAACCUCUCAUUUUUGCAUUGGCAAUGGGAGCUUGCCUUGGGGGAAAUGGGACACUGAUUGGAGCAUCUGCAAAUGUGGUGUGUGCUGGAAUUGCUGAACAGCAUGGCUAUGGAUUUUCCUUCAUGGAGUUCUUCAGGUUGGGCUUCCCCAUGAUGCUGAUGACCUGUACGAUAGCCAUGUGCUACCUUCUUGCAACUCACAUCGGACUUCACUGGAACACUUAAAUGUUCCCUCGUCAUGGGGAAGCAAAAAGACUGGGUGUGUCUGCAGUUUGCUUUUUUUUUUUGUGUGUGUGUGUGUGUGUGUGUGUGUGUGUUUUGAAUGACACAUCUGUUCUUCUUGGAAGGAUCAAUAAAGACUUAAACUUCGUAGACCUGGUUCAUCCUGAAAGACUAAGAUUUACAUGCAGGAGAGGUACACAGAAGAUAAACCAUGGGAACAUCUGAUCAUCUGCUGUAUUCUAACAGGUGCAACACACUGCUAUGGUGCUACUGCUGCUUUGUGAUAAUACUACAAAGAGAUUUAUUUUGGAAAACCUGUAUAUAUUUGCCAAAAAAAUGCUGAAAACCAGAAGAUUCCUUUUUUUGAAUAAAAAAAAUAUGCUUAUAUUAUUUAUUGAUGCACAGUUUGAAUUAUGACCUUUUCAUUUUUGAGGCAUCUGCUGAAAGGGAUCUUCUGUGGCCCACAAUUGUUGAAAUGUUGGACGGUUUAGAAUUCUAAAAAUUAUAUUAUUUACAUAAUUUACCAUAUUCAAAUAAUCUACAUAGUUAUCAAUUUAUUUCAUGUUGAAAAUGUGUGCAUAUAAAUUGAAAUGGAAAGGUUAUAUAUUAUAUUAUAUAUUAAUAUUAUAUUAUAUUAUGCAUAAUUACAUAAUUACAUACAUUACACAGGAAAUGUUACAUCCCUCAUCAUACUGUGAUGACGUGUGUCCCAGCACGACAAGACAAAAACAAUAAAACCCAUUCUUAUUAUAAUGUCUUACACUUAUUUCUUACAUCUUAAGCGUUGCAUAUUGCGUUGCGUAAACAUGAACCAUGUCUGUAUUUGUGAUUGGAGAAAUAAAAAUCGCUACUUUAAACUGCUUCAAACUUGCAUUUGAAUCAUCAGUGGCAAAUUAUUUACGUAUGUAAACGUACUUGCAUAAUGUGAGUCAGAAGCGCCAGACUG